UAUAGGAUAAAGCCAUAAAGGUCAGAAGAGAGAGAGAGAGAAGAGCAGAAAGAUGUCGCUGAGGUUACUUCAUCUCCUUCCUCAAAACACUUCCUUUAACCGGAAUCUCGAGUUUCGCUGUCUAUUAACCCGACCCGUAACCCGGAUUCAGUGCAUCAGGAGAGAGGAUGAAGACGAUGGCAUCAUCAGCAACAGGAGGACGAGGAAGGCCAAGAAUAAGAAGAAGAAAACAAUGAGCGAUUCGGAGCUGGCGAAGGAUCUGGCGAGAGAGAUCGGGAAGGCGAACACGGUGUCGGAACAGAGAAGAGAAGCGAUGAAGAAGAGCGGUGAGAUUCUGUGGGGAGAGUUCUGUAAGCAUGUGGGUUUGAAAGAAGAAGAGAUGAGGGUUAAAUGGAGGAAGAUUGGAGAAGAAGAGAAAGUGGUUUUGGUUAGAGAGUUUGUGGAUGAGUGGGGUGUUGAUUUCCAGCCUUUGUCUGUUAGAUCUGUUAAGGAAAUGGUUGAAGAAGAGUGUUUGGUUGCUGACAAAACAAUCGAACCUUCUUCUUCGGCGAUGUCUUCGUUUUCUGGGUUGUUUCCUGGUCUAAAGAGAAUCAUAGGCUUUGAGUAAAAAAAGCUUCUUCAAUCUUUUUUUUAUAAAUCAUGUUUUUGUUUUGCAUAUUUUCAGUAAAGAUGGCAGCUUUUGUUGCAUAUAUGAUCAUGUUCUUUAGUGUA